UCAAGAAAAUGCUGCUCACUCUCAAAACUGCAAGAUUUCUACUUGUAUUUUUCUUGGUUGCUGCUAGUCUUUCAACAGCCUACUUGGUUCAUGGUCGAGACCAUUGUGCAGAUGAAGAAUGCAAUUUUCCAGUCACAGAAAGAAAGAUGAUGCAAACUAUUCGAAGCAAGAUGGCAUCGGACGAUUACAGUUUGAUGAAGAUGGAGAUGAUGAAGGAAAAAUUCGAAAGAUGGAAAUAUACAAGAAAAUCAAGAAUGAUGAUGCCCAAAGAAAAUUACGGUGCUAGUUUCGUUGCCUUCAAUGCAGAUUACAAAGGGCCGAGGCGUCAUCCACCCAAGAAUAACUAA